UGGAGGCGCACGUUUACAAAGGGCCAGUACGCCUCUGGCCGUCGUGCGGAUCGAAUGUGCCGGCCCUCUUCUCGCGUCUCUCUACUGAACGUUUUCAACGAUCGAAUUACGACGAUUAGCGAAUAAUUUCGCGUGCGCAUCUCCCAUGGUUGCUCCUGGAUCAGGAGGGACUUUCCGCGCGGCAUCCUCGGGUCCACACAUGUGCGGACGUGCGCGUGUGCUGUUCAUAAUGAGGCGGCACGACGUGAUCGACAACAAUCGAAUGCGAUUCUGUUUCUGAUCCGUAACGCCACCAGUGAACACCGGAUUUUCGAUAACGAACGGGGAUAACGAACAAACGUGGACUGUUAAUGUUGUUAAGAUCGAGUUGAGCAACGAGAGGAGCUCUAUAUACUACUAUAUGUUUUUGAAGGUGGGUUCGAGUUCCCGUACUGUUUUUCUUCUUUCUCGCACAGUUUUCCUCGGUUCAUCUAAAAUCGAAAUUUUCGUUACACUUUAUUAUCGAGAAUAAUACGGUUGACGAACGUGGUUUAUUAACGUCGUUUACGUUAAGGAAUGACAAUUUAUCUGAGCUGGUAUUUCCCUCCGCGCGAAAUCUCUGAAGAUGGGUGCGAAUUCCUUCCUCCGCUGUGGGACUGUGUUCCUAAUCCUUGGAUUCUUCGUCAACCUCAGUGCCUGCUCGCGACGAUAUUUUAGUAAUUCCGUGCUACAGUAACUUGCGGAAUUCACAGAAAGCUGAAUUUGUUGACGAGUUCGAAAGUAGUCACGAGGAAAUGCAAGACUUCCCUCGGAGAUGAUGCGAUAUUAAAACUACAAGUGGAAGAGGAAAAGAUAGAAGUUGGUCCAAAGUUUCCCAAAGAAGCUCUUCGUUGCUCUCUCGAUCUCUUGGUCCGAAAAGCGGAAAGAACUGAGUAAAAUUCUGACGAAUACGUCGAGGCGCGGCAUAUCAUCGCGGGGGUGACUUCGCUGGUCAUGCAAGACAUGGUGAAUCGAAGAGGAUCCUUCGCAUCGAGGAGGUGAUUUGCUGGGUGAUGUCAUCUUGAAGGAAGGGCAUUAGGAAAACGAAGAUGUGCUGUUCAGGUGGUCCAGGUGGAAUCAGGUUGACCAGAUGCGGCGUCGUGUGCGGCCUCGCCGCUCUGGCCGCCCUGGGCGUCGCUCUUUCCGGUCCGACUUGGUUGCACACCGAGGAAAAGCUCGCCGUGCCGGACGUACCUAAAAAUUCUGCGAUCAGUGUGAAGUUCAAGCUGGGGCUCUUCAGAGUGUGCUCGACGAUCGUGAACCCCUCCAACCUGACACUCCCUUUUCCGUUACCGCCACCUUGUAGUUACGUGCGGUACAGAAGUCUGGAGGAUGUGAGGCCGAAGGAGUUGGGCUUCCCUCAAUUAGAAUUCACGCCCACAGUCGUCUCAAAAAUACGAAUCUCCGCGCCGUUCCAAGUGGUCGCCGCGGUUCUAAUCUUUGCUGCGACGGUGUCGGCCAUGAUCGGCCAUUGUUAUUCCGAUCACAGGACCCUCGUAGCCUGCGGACUCUUCCUUCUGAGCGGACUUUCCUUGGGCGGCGGUUUGAUAGUUCUGGCAUCAGCAUUGUCGGAUGCAUCACUAGAAUUAAUACCGGGAAAAUACAGUUUGCCAUCAACGGCUGGCAUGCAAAUGGACGAUAACGGUCUACCUCAGUACCACUACGGCUGGUGCCUACAGCUCUCGGGAUUAGCGCUGAUGCUCGCGGAAGUGGCGGCCGUUUUAACGAUGUCCGGUUACAUGGCGCGGUUCUCCACGGUUGAGGAAAUGGUGAGGGUGAUGGUGCCAGGCGCCGAGAGAAAGCUGAGGGAACAGAGAGGAUUCAGCUCGGAGUAUCUUGUGAGGGCGCAUCAGAAAUCACCGGGACCGCCGCAGGCUCGUCCCUUCGGUCAGCCAACCAAAACGCCUCAAAAAAUAGCCGAAGAAGGAACCUCAUUGCUCUGCAAGUCGGCGCCCGACAUCUGCGCGUCGAAUCCACAGGCCAUCAGUUACGUCGAUAAGGCAGAUCUUUCACACGUCUUGCCAGUCUACCCGGAUGGCAAGAACAUCGACCAGCGAUACAACUUCGAUAAGUCCGAGGGCAACGUCAUAGAUUCCCGACUGAGUGGCUUCACUGAUAAAGAAGGCUUCAUCGAUUCCCGGAUUCUUGCCGAUUCUAGGCAGAACAUGAUCGCCUUUACGGAUAACAAGGAACUUGACAAGGAGCAUCGUUACACCGAGUUCUCUGCUAAAAAUACCGAUCAGAAUGUUGUAGAUUCCAGACUGAGUGGCUUCGCCGACAAGGAAGAUCUUCUCGAUUCUAGAUUGAGCUACGUUGACAAGAAUGAGUCCUUACUAGAUACUCCGUUCGGUUACGACACCAGAUUCAACAGUCUGGCCGGACAGACCGUCCCGAUCACGCUGAAGAAUCAAAACACCUCGGCCGUUCAAUCGCAGUAUAUAUAUCAAAAUUUCGGAACAAUACACUCGGGCAUUCUUAAAGUAUCGGAACCGGGUACAAGUUCUAGUUCCAAUUCCAGUCAACGUAGCAUGACCCUGCAGAACCCAAAGCGAAAGUCGCAAAUUGCUCAGAAUACCUUCAGCACUUUGGAAUGCGAAAAGAGAAAGCGAGCGUCUGGAUUAACCGGUAAGGCGGGCUUUUACACGGGAAGUGCUGUAUGACCACCACCCCCGCCUCCAACCCCAAGGUAACUCCCAGAAGAGGACACCCCACUGUAGCCCGAACUCAAUGCGAUCUUUGAGUUAGGUUGGAGGAUAUUUAUCAUUGAUCACGCGCAAGGGGAAGAAGCAAAGUCCAUAUAGCACAGUCCUCCAAGGGAUGUUCUAUAGAUGUUCAAAGAGUUCUUUAUGUCCUAAAAGAAUUUAAGGGACAUCCUUCGAGUAAAGUGUGCAAUGUGGGAAAAAAAAGAUUUUUUACCAGCUAAAGAUAAUUCUGCCAUAUUUAUUAACAAUGCUGACGUACGAUACGUAAAAAAAAACGUUAUGCUACUUGUCGAUUGUUCUUGUCGUUAUCAGCGUUGUAGGUUCCUAUUGGUUCCUGGUAUGGAUCUUGAAAGCUGCCAAAAAGAUGCUAAAAUUACGAUUAUGUAAUAAGAACGUUUUAAUUUAAAACCGAGUAGUUGGAUUUGUAGUAGAAUCUUCAAAAGUACAAUUUGUGCAAAGAAAAGGAUGCAAAUGUAAUUUUUUGUCAUGUGUUGAUAACGUUGUGAACAACGCACUUCGUUAAAUGAAUUUAAAAUUAAAUGACAGAGGAAAAAAAUGAGUGAUUCAGAUUACUCUUUCAUCAUUUUAUAUAAUAGAAAAAUAAAGUAAUGUCCGCCAUUCGCUGUUAAGACUUAAACUUUAACUCAACGUCGUAACCGCAUUUCAGCUGCGUAACCAAUCGAACAAAAAGCUGUAAGGUGAAAUAAAUAAUAUAGUCAAUAUAUUGUAACGUAAUUGGUGGUCGAUAUACUCAAGAUAAGUCGGGCGCAAUAUUCGUACUUGCGUUUAACAAUAAGUAAUCGCGAAUAUUUAGUAAAAAAAUCAAGCACAAUGGUUUAUGAUUAUAUAAAGAUUUUCGAGAUCUUUUAACGACAUGUAUUCUCUAAUUGUAUCACUAAUCAAAGACAUAUCAGAAAUAAAAGUGUUACGGUUGAGAUUAUACUGUAAUUGCUGAAAAGCGUUUUAUUUUUAACUCAAUUUUUACCGGCUUUGAUUUUUUUAUAAUUUGAAUGUAGAUUAUAAAUAUGUCGCGCCCGCACAAAAAAGAAUAAUACGUACAUCAAUAUGCUGUAACGAUUGUAGUUGAAUGUAAUAAAAUAUUCUUUUUCUAAUAA